GCCGCGCGCGUCACCGCCGCGCGCCUCGCUAUCCGUGGCCGUGGUUCGUUUGAGGCACAGGGAGAGAGUGCACUUGCCUUGCCUGUGUUGACACAGGACGGAUACGCGGCGAUGCCCUUGCAUGUGAAAGCAUUUGAAGCUCCACAUAAGCGGCACAAUAGAGGUUCUGUGGCUCGGUGGGGGAGGAUCGACGAGCAUCUGCAAAAAAAUCUGCCUCUGGGCAAUUUUUGUGUGGUGUUCGGCAGCAGGAGCGGCCCGUCCUUUCUCCGCGGAAGCCGGGAGCUGGAUUUGACAUGUCGCAGGGAUGUGCUGCAGGAAGCCUGAUGAUGAAAGGAGGAAGAGAUGGAGAUGAGCAGGAAGCCUUUUUCUGAUCAAGGAGAGAUUUUAAUCUGAUCCAGUCAAAACAAGGUAUCAUUUACACUGUCUGAAGGUGAUGGCAGAGCUGAUGGAGCAUCCCUGCGACUGCUCUUCACACCUGGACACGGAUGUUCACCUCCUGUGUGUCUGAAGCUGCACUCUGGGCUGCCUCCGGCCCCUCCUCUCCUUCUGCCUUUCCCUGCCUGUUUUACUCCUCUCCCUGCACCUCCCUCUGUCAGCUGAUCCUCCUCUUCCACCUCCGUCAAGUUUCCUCACCAGAUGUUCUACUGAACCUCUCCAGUCUUCCUAGCAUGGCUUGCUGUGGGCGCUCCCUGGACUCGCCGUGCACACUCGCCCUGCUCAUCAGCUUCCAGUUUGCGUUUGUGCUGUAUUUUUCCCUCGGGGGUUUCAGAGGUUUAGUGUCUGUUCUGGUGCACAGCACAGAGCCUGAGUUUGAUUAUUCUCGACCUCAUGACGUCUACACCAACCUCAGCCAGCUAGGGGUUCCUCCUCCCCCACCUCGCAACUCUGGCAUUGGAAUUUCUGCAUCAGGGCCGCCACUGAGAGACUGCCCCAUCCCUUCACCCCUCCUGGUUGGACCUGUUGCGGUCCAUCUUUCCUCUCCUCUAUCGCUGGAGGAAAUCCGACUAAGAAACCCACUAGUGCUGCCAGGGGGGCGCUAUCGGCCUCCGGAUUGUGAACCCCGACACCACACGGCGAUAGUUGUGCCCUAUCGAAACCGGCAGACCCACCUCCGCGCCCUGCUCUACCACCUCCACCCUUUCCUGCAGAGGCAGCAGAUCCACUACAGCAUCUACAUCGUACAGCAGUGGGGGAACAGUACCUUUAACCGGGCCAAACUGUUGAACGUCGGGGUGCGGGAGGCUCUCCGAGAUGAAGACUGGAGCUGCAUUUUCCUCCACGAUGUUGACUUGCUGCCUGAGAACGACCACAACACCUACACCUGUCACAAGCAGUUCCCCAUGCAUCUGUCCGUGGCCAUGGAUAAGUUCAGAUACAGGCUGCCGUACCCACAGUAUUUUGGUGGGGUGUCUGCAGUGACCCCAGACCAGUACAUGAAGAUGAACGGCUUCCCUAACCAGUACUGGGGCUGGGGCGGAGAAGACGACGACAUAGCUGCCAGAGUCCGGCUGUCUGGGAUGAAGAUUGUGCGCCCCCCAGUGGCCAUUGGUCAUUACAAGAUGAUAAAGCAUAAAGGAGACAAAGGCAAUGAGCAGAAUCCACGCAGAUUUGACCUUCUGAAAAGGACCAGGCUGAGCUGGCGCUCUGAUGGCCUCAACUCCCUGACCUAUGAGCUGCUCUCCAAAGAGCUGGAACCUCUCUACACCAACCUGACUGUUAACAUCGGAGAGGAUCUCCGUACGCCGCGGGGCAAAGCCUUCCUCCCCAUUAAAACGACCUUCUCUAUCCAGCGCAGCACCAGCAGGACCAGAGCCGCGGGCGAACAGGAGAAGAGGCCCGGAGGAAGCGCAAUGACAAAUAACACUGUGGCCAAGCAAAUCGGUCAAAAGGCGGAAAGUCCUCCGUCAAAGACGACAAACCAGACCACACAGGGAAAGCUGAAAUAAGAAGAGGCAUAUCGGAAAGAAAGAAGGAAGGCCUGGCAUCUGUGACAUCAAAGAGCUGCUUAGAUCAGUUGCGUUGAAGGUAGUUAGGCCUGAGAUCAAAAGGGCGAAAGCAGGUUUAUCCUGCAGGGGGUGCACUCAGGAACUCGGCUGAGCCCCCUCUUCCCAGCUCAUCAUGAAUGUGACUCUGGCUCUUGUGACCGAACAGGUCUGUGGUUACGUCUGUAACGGGGCCCACAGGGAGAGUGAAGGACAACCCCGCCAUUCGUUUGCGGGAGCCCUUAACGAACGCAUCAAUGACAAUACAGCGAAUAAAUCCAACUCUGCAUUGCAAGUUUCUAGCUGCUCCCCUGCAGACGCGCAGCUUCGCCCGUCUGCGCUGCAGUGGUCAGUCCACCUCGGUCUACAGCGGGCUUGUGUUUCUGUGCCUUCUGUCUUUUAUGCGCAUUUUAUAGACCCGUAUAGUUGCUUUUAGAUGCAGAUCUGCACUGGGAUGGUGGGAGUGGGCGGAGUUAUUAAGUUGGAACAUUAAUGAUGAAUCUAGACCUGAAGGAACUGCCGUUUUUCUAAUGUAUGCACAGAUCAAUCACUGACCAACUCCAUAGUUAUUGGACUAUUUUAGAGUUUAUAUUUAUAUAGAGAGACUUCUUUAUUUGUGUACCAGUUUGUUUCACUGUUCUUCAUUUCAGUAUGGUGCCUCUCUCUGACAUUUAGUUCAUAGACAAUCAAACUAUACGGGAGCUAACUCAAUAUCCAACCACAUAGGAAAAAUAUUCAUGCCUGGCAGAUAUAAACUUGGAAUGAUAUUUGUUGUCUAGUUUGACUAUAUUCUUGACACAUGUUCUAUCUGUGGUUUGAUUUCAUUUAUUUUAAAUUUGAGAUAUAUCAGGUACAGAAAAAAAAGCUAAGGGGCAAGUAAUAUUUAGGCAUGCAAAUACUCAUUAACCAGUUUAAAGUUUUUUAAUAUCUGAGGUGUUGCAAAAAAAAAAUCACUGUGUUAGGUUGUUGGUGGCUUCGAAUUAGACGGACGACGUGCAAUGUAGAGCUGUGGCUGAAUGUUUGCCUCAUCGCGUCCCUCCCCAUUUACUAAAGACAGUCUUAGUGAUCAAGAAGGGAUUAGGAAUAAAGAUCGAAUGAAAUAUGCUGUUCGAUCCAACUGUCUAAUUAAACACUAAGUUGAUGAACAUUUUUUUCUAGAUGAGCUUUCUGAGUUAGAAUCAGCUGUUUGGAUCGUUUAAUGUUAAGCAGCGUUUGUGCACAUAGGUUGAUCAGUGCUGAGGACUUGAAUUGGAUCACUUGUAGACUAGACCUGCUGACUGAAACUGCACAACAACAAUGAAGCGCUGUAACACUGAUAGGUAAUGUACAAAACGAGCUUCAUUUGAAUGUACUUGAAUUGAGGCCGUGUAAUGUGUCACCGAUGCAGUUCAGUAGGCAGACUUUGAAACCCACUGCAGAAACAGAUUGUUUUUUCCCCUUUACUUUAAUCUCUAUAUUUCUCUUGUACAGCGUUGUGCCUGGUGAACACAGGUCCACAUCAGCGUGGGAGUCAAACAUGUUCUGCAGAUGCCUCAGGUUGACACAGUCUGGCAGAGCUGAGAGGAGCCAAGGACUGAAUGAAGCUGCAGCGCUGUGACAUGAAUGCUAAGCAGAAAGAUUCCCCAUUCACAGGAUUCAGCCACUCACUUCUUUGCAGCACUGCGUUGAGGGGGGGGGGCUUCUCACUAACGCAGUAUCACAUGACUUAAGUCUGACGGCUUAAAGGAAUAGAACAUCUCAGAAUUCUAUCCUCUGAUGGAAAUGUUAGCAGGGGAGUUCAGAAAUUCUAGGAUUAUUCAGAAAUGUUGAUUAAUAUGGAGGGAUGUGUACAUUGUCAUGACAUGACUUUCAGAGAGACGAUAGAGCCUAAUAUUGAAGCUUUAUGCAAUGUGAUUAUUUAAUUGCUUACAGAUUUCCUUCAUUUAUGAUAUUGCCUGAGACAAAUCCUAUAUGACGUGACACUGAAAGCUUUUAAGAACUUUAUAUAAUCUGAGCAGAUUAUUCAGCAAACCCUCUGCUUACCUGGAAAUUGUUCCAUAUUUAAUAAUUAGGUCCCUUUUUUCUUUUUAUUCUCUUGCAGAGUGUUGGAUGCAUAAUGUGGUGUGAAAUCCAAAAUCUGUAAGGAGCUUUUACAACUGUAAUGUUUAAAGUUAUGAUAUUCUGUUGAAACUAAUUUAGCAUGUGACAGGAAAUCCGCCAAGAUGACAGAGAUAUUUGCUCAUAACGACUUCAUGGCACAUAAAUCCUAAUAAUAGACCACUUUGCUUAUAAAAUGUUAGAUUUGUUUGCUUUUUUCUUUUAGUUUCUUUUUUUUUUAGGUCGCCUUAUCUCCUGAGCAUAUCUUGAAAAUUAAAGAUGACGUUUUGCGUGUGUGUCCAGAACCGAGUCAGCAAAAAACGAAAAAAAAAAAGCAGCUAUGGGUUAUGAUGCACUUUAGGACAAAGUUGUGACAUAACUGUAUAUCAAUAAAACACGUACUAAAAAUGCG